AUGGUCCGGCGCCUUGGUUGCUUGUUGUUGUUCGCUGGCCUCGGCUUGCUUGGGGUGCGGCAGCUGGCAUGGAUGUUGACACUGGGCGAAGGUCGUGCCCAUGCCGAGCGCUCUGUCGGAAGUCCCAUACAGAGAAGCGCCAGCUCGGCGCAGAUGCUUCCAGCACUCUCUGAGCAGGAGGACUACAGUGGUAAGGUGUAUCGGGUCCGUUCAGACACUGACAUGAAAGGCCUGGCAGACCACGUGGUGCGAGAGGCGGGGCAAGGCCUCUUCUGCGACAGUCUCGGCAUCAGAGCUGCCAGCGUAGUCGUCAAAGCAUGUGCCACGGCAAUGACACUAGAUUUCAACGGCCAGAUCGUUGCCAUGGCUUUGGAUUGGGUCACAAAGAAGCCGCAUGGCAGGGCGUUUCGAGAAGGUGCCAUGGAGGUGACCGCCCUGCGGACUCACUAUCAGCUGGUGGAGAAGCGUGUGGAGCCUUCGAAGCAAAGCCCAUUGCUGGUUGGCCGCACCACGAAUAUCGGACAGCUCGGUGGUGCGAUCUUGGGUCGCAUCCAACAGAGCGGCGAGGCGCUGAUCCACGUGGCCGGCCCCGAACGGACCAUGGCAGCCCUGCGCUCCAUCAUCGCGGCCGACCGGCUCUGGUCCGUCGAUGACAAGAACUCCAACAAGGAGGCCAGCCCCCGCAGCCGGGUCCUGGUGUCAGCGACGUGGCAAAGCGAUGCUCCGGGCAAGGCGUACCUGAGGCGCGCGACACAGGCCAAAGCAGCUGCUGGCGACGAACGUUUCAGGGUGGACUUCCGGCGUCGAAGCAGGAAGUCUGCUCCGCCGGGUCCCGGGACGACGAGCCUGGCGAUGCACUUCGCCAUGAAAAGGAAGCAGCCAGAGGAGGAGAAAAAGGCGGAAAAGGAUGAAAAGGAGGAGGAGGCUUCCGCGGAGAAAGCGCCGAAGAAGAGCGAGAAGAAAGCCUCCGUGCAGGCGCAGCAGGAGGCCUUGCCUCCAAAGCGGAAGGCGAAGGCGAAAGCCAAGCCGACGUCUGCGGCCGCAAAGUUUGCGAUGCGGCUUUCCCCAAAGGUCAAGGCCGAGGUGCAUGGACCCUCCGGGGUGGCCACGCCGCAGCGAAGCGCCAGCGGAGGCGCCAGCGGAGGCGCAGAGCCGAAGGAUCAGGACAUGUCGAGCCCCCCUUCGAAGGGUGUCUCGGUCGCCGAGGCUACUCCAGAGAAGCCCUCCAUCCAAGCUGCAAGGAUCCAGCCCUCGCCAGACAGAAACGAGCUGACGUCGCUUCGAAACAGCAUUCAAGCGGUGGUCAGAACCCACGACUACGCGAAGGCUAGGGAGCUGCAUCAGCUCCUGGUUAAACGAUGUGCGGAGAUCGGCUGCUCUGUGCCCCCCCCGCGCGAGGAAAAGGGCGAGAAAUCAAAGCCAAAAAGCGCCGAUGCAAAAGAGCCCCUAGAUGAAGAAGGCGAUGCCGAGCCGACGGACCGCUUCGAGUUUGCACGAGCCAUUCUCAAGGAAAAGUUCCCGCUGCGCUUCCUGGAUGGGAAUUCCAAGGAGGAUGAUUCGGAAGUCUGCUACCAGAAUCAGAAGACCACAUGGCGCAGGAAACAAGAAGGAGAAGAUCAGGACGAGGAUGCCGAUGGUGCAGAGGAGGAUGAGGAGCAGCAGAAAGGACGGGAAAUGAAGAAGGCCUUGUCCGGCAUCCCGGAUGCCUCCGUCGAGGAUAUCGACCGCUUCCCUGCAGUCGCAGCCACUUUCAGAGAAUGGCUGAGAACGGACGCGAACGUGCAGGAAGACGAUGCGGAAAGCUCGGUCCAGGUGCUGCAUGACCUCUUCACUCAAGACGAGAAGGCCCUCGACGAGAUGGCCAAGGCGACGUACGUGAAACUCGUUUCCAAGGAGAAGUCGCACGAGAAAGCCGUGAAGCAAUUCGCAGCCUUCUGGACAAAGAGAAAGAACGGCCCCUGGUGCCAGGCGCCUCCUCGCACCGAACGGAAGCUGGAAGUCCGCCUGCGCGAUGAGCACAGAAUCCCCGCAGCCUGGGGUGUGCGAGUUGUCCAGAGGGCACACAAAGAGGAUCUCGUGAUUCUGACGGCUCCGGACGGCACGAAACAGUAUGCGGAAGCAUCGAAACUGUCCGAUCAUCCCGUGCUGACGAGAAAGGACUUUCAAGAGGAGCGACAGCGGCGCGAGCUGCUGGAUGAGACGGAGACGGGCAAGCUGGAGCAAGAGGCGGAGGCUCGGUUGCGGAGGGAGAAGCUCCUGAAGGUCGAGACCUCGGGCGCCACGCAGGCGGUGCAGGAUGCCUUGAACGGACGCCCAGAUGCGGAGUUGUGUCUUCGACGAGCGGCUCUCCGACAGCACGUCGCUUGCUCCAGCUGUGGCCGGCUCUCCACAAGGUGCUUCGAAUAUUUCAUUGACGACAUUAUGGGAGUGGAUUUCGAAGCUGCUUCCAGAGUGCACGAGGUUCCCUCGGUAGCUGUCUUUCAUCAUGUGCGGGGCACAUGA